AUGGGGGCAACCAGCGCUUAUCAAGACCAGCCCGACGUAUCUCCUACAGCAGUACCACAAGGGCAGUCAGUCGUGUCGGACACCACCAACGUCAUCGUAGAUAUAUACGUCAUCACUGUCAGUUCUACCAUGGUCGCCCUUUUCGGCAUCAUCACCAACAUCAUCAACUUAGUCGUCUUCGCCAAGAUUGGCUUCAAGAUAUCCAUGAAUCUGACGCUGUUUGCCCUUUCUUCGAGUGAUUGCCUCAUGGGAUGCUGUACUAUAGCUUACAAUAUUUGCCGAAUCUCCAGGAUUUUCCCCAGCGAUUCUAUCAUAGAUUACAAAGUCCCACAAAGAGGUUUCGCAAUCGCUCGAUUCAUCUUCACUGACUUGUCCUCUAUCAUAACGAUAUAUCUCUCUAUAGAACGAUGUCUUUGUAUCACUUUUCCAUUCACUUUUAAAACAAUGUUUACUAUGAAACAAACAUACAUAAUAUUCACCUUCAUCUUUAUAUUCCUUCUUGCAAAAAACAUACCCUUGUUUUGGACCAUGUGCACCCAGUUAAAAUUUGACGAAGAAAAACAUUUAAACAGGUACGUAGUUUGUGAAACAGCUCUUUACUUUGAGCUUGUAAAAGCACAUGACAUUGUAUCAUUGGUGACGAUUCCAUUCGUCUGCCAAAUCGCAGCAGGUUUUUGUGUCGUCAUCCUGUCAAGAGCUCUCAGAAAAUCAUCGUCUCUGCGCCUAGCCGUGAAAACAUCAUCUAAACACACAUCAGCGAAGGUAGAUUCGUUAUCGGUGAAAGAGAAACGGCCGGUAAAGAUGAUCUUACUUCUAGCUGUGCUGUAUGUCCCAACAAGCGUACCCGGGUUUACACUUGGCUGGGUCAGGAUCAUGUACCCCCAGAUUUUUCAGUGGUUAGCCUCUGGUGCUUUCAACCUGUACACCAUCAACAACCUGUGUACCAUCUUGAGCAACAUCCACGGUUCUGUCACAAUUUUUGUGUACAUCACUUUUAACCCAGGGUACCGUCAGUUUUUAGAAGCUUUUAUCUAA